GUGGGCGUGUCCCUCCCCACGCGUCCAAGUCAGGUGCGCAAGCUCCAGCGGCCGUCGCUGACAGAGGCAGGCGGAGGCGGCCGCCGCCACCACAACCAACCACCCUGGGAAGAUGGGGCGGCCGGAGCUCCGGCGCUGAAGGGCAGCGCGAAGAGACGGACCGGCGGAAGGGCGGGCGCAGGCGGAAGGGGCGGGGCGCAGGCCUAUCAUGAUUCCGCUCUGCAGCCGUUGAAGCCGGCGUGCCCUCGGUUGCCAUGACAACAGGCGACUGCUGCCACCUCCCUGGCUCGCUGUGUGACUGUCCGGGCGGCGCCGCGUUGUCCAAGUUGGUGGAAGAUUCUGACUUUGGGCGUCCACAGUAUGUCACCCAAGUCACGGCCAAGGACGGGCGCCUGCUCUCGACAGUCAUCAAGGCCCUGGGGACGCAGAGUGAUGGCCCCAUCUGUCGAAUCUGCCACGAAGGCGGAAGCGGAGAGAGCCUCCUUUCGCCCUGCGACUGCACCGGCACGUUGGGAACUGUCCACAAGAGCUGUCUGGAGAAGUGGCUCUCUUCCUCCAACACGAGCUACUGUGAGCUCUGCCACACGGAGUUUGUUGUGGAGAGGCGGCCCAGGCCCCUGAUAGAGUGGCUGAAGGAUCCUGGGCCACGCAAUGAGAAGCGGACGCUCUUCUGCGACAUGGUGUGUUUCCUGUUCAUCACCCCGCUGGCUGCCAUCUCGGGCUGGCUGUGCCUGCGCGGCGCCCAAGACCACCUGCAGUUCAACAGCCGCCUGGAGGCCAUUGGCCUCAUCGCCCUGACCAUAGCACUUUUCACAAUCUAUGUCCUCUGGACACUGGUGUCAUUCCGCUACCAUUGCCAGCUGUACUCAGAGUGGCGAAGGACCAAUCAGAAAGUCCGCCUGAUGAUUCCGGACUCGAGGAACCCGCGCCCCGUCUCCCACUCCCUGCUGUCCUCCAAGCUCCUGAAGAAGAAGGCUGAUGAGACGACCGUAUGAGCCAGGAGCGGCUUCCUCCGUGAGGCGGUGUGGGGGGGUACCUCCCCUCUCACAGGGGGCGAGCGGGAUAGCACUUUCUCCAGGCAGCAGCGGCAAAGACUCCCCUAAACAAUCAGCCCGGCUGAAGGGGCACCUUGAUGCUGGGCCAUCCCUCGAGGUGAGAGCACGAAAUGAGAACCAAGCCCCCCCGGGUGCGUGCAAUGAGCUGGGCAGGCGUCCGUCGGCCAGGCUCCCGUCUUCAAGACAAAACCCAGUGCGGGGGAAAUAGAAGCCUCUCCCCAUAUCCAUAUAUCUAUAUUAUAUUAUCAUAAUUAUUGUUGUUA